AUGGGGAUGCACAGCCCAGUCAUGAUCUGCUUUGUUUUGGGAUGUUUCUUAUGGCUCCCUCAAGUGAGAGGGGAGGAAGGCUGUCUCAAUGCUGAACUCUGCUCAGGUACGGAGUGGGACCGGCUGUGGUAUAUCUGGUAAGAUGUCUUUCUGUCCUAAUUCUGCAUCUUCUCCCUUUCCAGGCUACUGAUGGUGAUUGGUGGACUUCUGCUCCUUUGUGGUGUGGUUUCCAUCUGUGUGAGAUGCUGUUUGCAUUGCCAUCAGGCAGGAGAGGAAUCAGGUCCUCAGCCCUACGAGGUCACCGUCAUUGCUUUUGAUCAUGACAGCACCCUCCAGAACACCAUUACCUCUCUCCAUUCCGUGUUUGGGCCUGCUGCCAGGACGAUAUUAGCAGUGGCACAUUCCCACAACGCUGUCCAGGGAGCACCACCCCUCUCAGCAGCAGACACCCCUCCAGUCUAUGAAGAAGCUCUGCACAUGAGCAGAUUCACCGUGGUCAAGUCGGGACAGAAAGCGCCAGACCUGGAUCCGGUGCCAGAGGAAAAACCGCAGGUGUCUGCUGAGGGCAAGGAUGUCCAAGCAGCCUCCCCAGGACACUAGUGCCUCUUUUUACUGCAUGGCAAGUAAUGCCCACUAGUUACAGGCAGAAACUGAUUAUUCUGAGCAGGGUUAGGAAUUUUAGAUUAACCUCUGUAGUCUAAUGAGAAAGGGACUGAAACAGUUUCAGAUCCAGCAUAAUCCUGUGGCUC